AUGCUUGUGACAAUGAAAUUUUUGAUUGCCUUGUUUGCUCUCGUCUGCUUCACCGCCAUGAUGUUGGAAUCCACAAACGCAUCUCCAAUUCAAGAUUCUGCUGAAUCCAAGGACAUUUGUUGUUUCGGUUGCGUCAAUUGCAAGACUGAACUCAACAAAACUAAGGACAUUUGUUGCGACGUCUGCUACAUUUGCAAGGAUCAUGAAGGAGUUAUUCAGUCAGAUGGAUCUAAUAUGAUAAUCAUGAAGAUCUACAUCGCAUCCACGCUGAUCUUAGUCGCAAUAUUUGCCUCGUCCGAAAGCAAAAACGUGAAUUUGCCAGCAGCAAAAUGCUUGGGUUGCAUCGAUGAAUUUUGUCCCACGACCAAAAGCUGUUUCCAAGCUUGUGAAAUCGGAAACUGGGAUGCGUGUUUUUCCUGUCUCAGUUCGACAUGUGAAAUUUGCGAUCCGAUGUGCUACCAACAAGUUGAUUAUCAUGACGACGAUCGCACUUGCCCGGACUGGUGCAUGGACCUCGGCGAAUGCAUUUGCUGUGCCAUUUGUGGCUAAUUUCACGAAACGACGCGGUGUUGAGGAUUAAACGAAUAUUCGGCAGAAA